CGCGUCGCGUGAUAAUGAGUUUUUACAUAGUACGUCGCAGAUAGGUUAGUUGGUUCUGGUUUUACUUUCCCGCUGUUUCUAUGGAUUAUGAUGCUGUGGCGAAUAAUGUAAUUAUGAACCAGUUGUGCAAGGUGUGCGGCGAGCCAGCGGCAGGCUUUCAUUUUGGCGCAUUUACCUGUGAAGGAUGCAAGUCGUUCUUUGGCAGAACCUACAACAACAUCAGUUCGAUAUCGGAAUGCAAGAACAACGGUCAAUGCGUCAUCAACAAGAAAAACCGCACAGCUUGCAAGGCCUGUCGAUUAAGAAAAUGCCUCUUUGUGGGUAUGUCGAAGAGUGGCUCCAGGUACGGCAGGCGAUCCAACUGGUUCAAAAUUCACUGUUUGCUGCAGGAACAGCAGCAGCAACAACAGCAACAAGCAGGUUCCAACAUGGCAGCGGCUGCAAACCUACUCCGACCGCACCCCUACCUAUCCCCUCUAUUCCGCAACACACCUAUCACUACCCAACACACCACCCGCGACACUUCGGGAAGAUCCUCAGAAUCAGAUAGCGGCGCUUCCUCUGCAGACCCAGAAGACGAUCUCCGUUCUAACAGCGCCCUCAGCUUCUUGAAAUCCUCCGCAUCGCCGAACAGCGACCGCGAGUUCUACACCACCAAGAAACUACCCUCACCCUCCAGUGACUCUGAAUUCUUCGCGCGGAAAAAGUUAGUGAGUGCCUUAAACGAAGUGCCUAGCCCCUCACCUACGUCACUGCCCAGCGUGUCGCCUAGCGGCGUGGUUCCUAAAUGGCUGCCUCCUUUACAAGGUUUGGCCGAUCCCGCUGCUUGGAGGGACAUCUGGAGGGCUCCACCGCCUAUCGCGGCUCCUGCGCCCGACCAAGAUCAACCCAUCGAUUUGUCUGUGAAAUCUCAGAGUGCCUUAUCGCAAUUAUCAGAUAGAUCUGAUGAAGAUAGUGAUCAAGAGAUAAAUAUAGACGUGGGGAUGGACGAGCCUUUGAACAAGACGAUGCCUUUGGAUUUGACUUUGGACAGGCAAAUUGGG